UUUUCUCCAAAUAAUGUCGUUCUCAUGACUCGUUCUAAAUUGUCUUCUUCUUAGUUAUUCAGAUACCUACGGCUUCACGUUACAUAUAAGAAUUUAAUCCCAUUUUUAUCUUCUAAAAGUUUUGAUGACUAUGAAUUCGACGGCUGAAGGCGGUGUCAAGGGGCGGAGGAAGGCGUCAAACUCCAGAGGACACCCGAGAUUCGUCGGGGUUCGGCAACGGCCGUCGGGAAGAUGGGUGGCUGAAAUCAAAGACUCCUUGCAAAAAGUACGAUUAUGGCUUGGAACUUUCGACACGGCAGAGGACGCUGCCCGGGCGUACGACGAUGCUGCCCGGUCAUUACGUGGAGCCAAUGCCCGUACCAAUUUUGAACUGCCCGAGACGGCGAACUCCCUCCGGUGUUUGCCGGAAAACGCGGAGCCGUUCUCGUUCGAGGAAGCCUGUCGAUUGGAUGACGCCGAUGAUGGGCUUUUAGGAGCUUUGAAGGCGAAGUUAUCCGGCGGGGGUAGCUCAAAGAACGCGGCGGAGAAGUGGAAAAAUUUAGGGUUACCGACGACGCAACACCACAUCGGUGUAAAGAGGAAAACACCGCCGGCCGCCGUAGCUUCUACUUCCAAUGUUAUUACGAAUAUACCCCUCGUAAAUCAGAAACCCGAAGAUUUGGAAAGGGGGCAAUGGGAUAAUACAUGCUACGAGCCUCUGCCGCCAUCGGCAACCACCUCAUGGCCGCUGGAAAUCCCAUGGCCGGCGGCGAACGACCAAGUCGUUGACGUUUUUAGCAGUUUCCUCGACAACAACACAACGGAUUCUUUGUGGCCGCUUUCUACCGGAGCAGCCCAAGCAAAUUUGGGAAUGACGGCUACCGGAGUUUGGCCGGAACAACCAGCGGUACAUUGUGACCAAAGUUGGGUAGGUGGUGUAAGCGGUGGCGGUGGUGGUGGAGUCCAAGGUGUCAAUGGUGCAAUCAAUGCCUCAAAUUGGGAUCCUUUCAUUUACAUCAACUCUUUUUAGACUGAACUUCGAAGAAUCAUAGUUUUUUUUGGACUAAUUAUUUAUACUUUUUUUUUUUUCAAUUUUCUUUUAAAACAUGCAGGGAUAACAUGAGGCAAAGGUCUUGAGUUAAAAUAGUUAAAAAUUUUAUUUGUACAAUUUAAGUAUAAGUAGAGUGUAAAAAAAUAUAUUAUUGUAUAAAUAAAGAUUUAAUAUUUAUAA